AUGCGUCUCCCCUGGGUCUUCCACCCCCAGCUUCCUGGUUACCAGUUUGGAGAGAUUCUGGGCCAGGGCGGCUUUGGCGUGGUGAAGCUCGCCCACCAGCUGGCCACGGGCAGGGCCGUGGCAGUGAAGAUCGUCGGGCGGCCACACCUGAUAGCCCGUUGGCAUUGGCGGGGUGCGGCCCAGGAAGCGAGGUUGAUGCGCAGCCUGGUGCAUGAACACAUCGUGCAGCUGCUUGAUGAGAAGAAGAAAGGCAGGUUUACGUUCCUGGUUAUGGAACUAGCCAGCAGGGGUACCCUCUUUCGCUACGUGAUGCAGAAGCACGGCCUGGAAGAGUCCGAGGCCCGCCCACUGUUCGCCCAGAUCCUGUCGGCGGUGGAGUACUGUCACGCCAAUCGCGUGGCGCAUAUGGAUCUCAAGCCAAGCAACAUAUUGUUGGACUCCAAAAUGAAUGUCAAACUGGCUGACUUCGGGCUAAGCCAACGGGUGGCCGAGGGGAAGCGCUUAAGGGGCCCUUGUGGGACCCGGGAAUACUGUGCCCCGGAAGUGCUUUCCAUGCAGUUAUAUGAUCCGUUUCAGGCGGACAUGUGGAGUUUGGGGGUAACCCUCUUUGCAAUGCUGACGGCAACGUUGCCCUUCCGUGGGAGGAAUGCAGUGGAGCUGCAGCAACGCAUCGAGUCCGGCAGCUACGUGCUGCCCCGGCCCUACAGCCGGGCCCUGAAGGCGCUUCUGCGCUCCCUGCUCAGGGUGGAGGCCUGGGCCAGGUACAGGGCCGAGGUCGCCAGGGCGCAUUGGUGGUUUGGUCCCAGCCGCGAGGUGUGUCCCGAGAACUCUGUCACCCAAGUGGAGGUGCUGAAUGUUCCCCUGGAUCCAGAAGCCAGGCGGUACCUCGCGGAGCUCGACCUGCUGCCUGGCACUCAGAAAGAGAGGACGCCACACCCUGUGCCCUGGCACCCUGCACUCCAGCGGCCUUUGUUCUUGACGGACGCUUGGGACCAUCUCAAGAAGUCGAGCUCGUCUUCGGUGUUGACCAGCAACGAUGAGGUCUUCUUUUCCUGCCGCUCGUCUGUAACCACCCAUUCCAGGGGGAUCUCCAGGCAGCUGCAGGAAGACAAGCGCUUCCUUCCCAGAGCAUCCCACAAGGUGGCGUCUGAGAUCCCCAGGAACCGCCCAGAGCCAGAAGUGUCAGCAGCAAGGAAGCCUGAAGAAGCUGGGACCCCAGCUGCUGCCAAGGAGCCGGCGCAGAGUGGCCAGGGGUUCUGCAGGAGGAUCCUCAGGUUCCUGCAGCGGGCCUGCUGCCUUGGGCAGACCCCAGCCACAGGCCCCCGCCUGCGCUCCCGAAAAGUGGCCCCAGAAGGUUGCCUGCCAGGCAGAUCCUUACCAAGCUUCACCAACACAGCUGAGCUGAUUAUGAGUGACAUCAAGGAGAAGCUGGACUUAGAUCAGGAGAUGGUCAUGGCCGCAUUCUCCUCAUCCCUGGAGGACAGCCACUGCCAGAAACAAGUGAUUCUAUUGCCCUAA